CUUCCACAUCAGAAGAAGGUUUCCUUUCUUUCUCUUUGAUCGAUCUCUAAUUCACUACCACCAUGCAUCCACUAGUGGGGCCAAAUGUAUACUACUACCCAUCGGCCGGGCCAGCAGUGCCGCCACCGCCGAUUGGUGCUCCCUAUGCAUUCCAGAUGCAGCAGGGGCCUCAGCUGUGGUCCACCGGACUUUGCGCCUGCACCGACGACUGCAGCAGCUGUAGUUUUCUUCUUAUCUUUUAUCCUCAAUCCAUUACUUCUGGUUUUAGGAGAGAUUCAUGCGGUUCAAGCGCGGCACUGUAUGCACUAUCGCAUAUCACAUGUUGCCAAUGGAUAUACUCGUGCUUCUAUCGCUCCAAAAUGAGGACACAAUACUGCCUGGUGGAAAGGCCCUACAACGAUUGCCUUGUACACUUGUUUUGUGAAAAAUGCGGUCUUUGCCAGGAAUACCGAGAGCUUAAGAACCGUGGCUUUGACAUGCGUAUAG